UACCGGCAUAGUUGCUGAAGAGGGCUCUGGACAGGACGUGGCUCUGAAGGCUCACUCCUUGGAAUGUCCUCUUGCUCCCGGCUUAUAAACAACUGUCUUAAGGGAAGAAAGGUUUUACAUAUCCAAAUACAGCCUGACAAAUGGCACUUUGGGACUGUGCUUUCUGAUGACAACGCGUUCGAUUUCUGACAAAGCCUCUCACGUGCUGCCCCUGGAGGGGAGUCCUAAGUAAAACUCAGACCCGCCUUAAAGUGAGGAUCGGAGGGGUGCCCGGUGAGCAGAGCAGCAUGGCAUCGGCUGCGAACCUUGUCACCCGGCUCCUGUGGGCUUACUUACUGGAGCUUUGGAUAGGAGGGCACACGGCUGAUACCACUCACCCCCGCUUACGUCUGUCACAUAAAGAACUCUUGGACCUAAAUCGAACAUCAGUCUUUCAUAGCCCUUUUGGGUUUCUUGAUCUCCAUGCAAUGCUGCUGGAUGAAUAUCAGGAAAGACUCUUUGUGGGAGGCAAGGAUCUUGUGUAUUCUCUCAGCUUGGAACAAAUCAGCAGUGGCUAUCGAGAGAUACACUGGCCUAGUACAGCACUAAAAAUAGAAGAAUGCAUAAUGAAAGGAAAAGAUGCGAGUGAAUGUGCAAAUUAUGUUCGAGUUUUGCAUCACUAUAAUAGGACACACCUUCUGACCUGUGGUACUGGAGCUUUUGACCCACUUUGUGCCUUCAUCAGGGUUGGAUACCAUUUGGAAGAUCCCCUGUUUCAUCUGGAACGGCACAGGUCCGAAAGAGGAAGGGGCAGAUGUCCUUUUGAGCCCAGCUCCUCCUUCAUCUCUACCUUAGUUGGUAAUGAAUUGUUUGCUGGACUCUAUAGUGAUUACUGGGGCAGAGACGCUGCAAUCUUCCGGAGCAUGGGGCGACUGGCUCAUAUUCGCACCGAGCAUGAUGACGAGCGCCUGUUGAAAGAACCAAAAUUUGUAGGUUCGUACAUGAUUCCUGACAACGAAGACCGAGAUGACAACAAAGUGUAUUUCUUUUUUACCGAGAAGGCCCUAGAGGCCGAGAGCAGUGCGCAGGCCAUUUACGCCCGAGUGGGGCGACUCUGUGUGAAUGAUGUGGGAGGCCAGAGGAUACUGGUGAAUAAGUGGAGCACUUUCCUAAAAGCCAGACUGGUCUGCUCAGUACCAGGCAUGAAUGGAAUUGACACCUAUUUUGAUGAAUUAGAGGACAUUUUCUUGCUGCACACCAGAGAUCAUAAGAACCCAGUGAUAUUUGGACUCUUUAACACUACUAGUAAUAUAUUUAGAGGGCAUGCAAUAUGUGUCUAUCAUAUGUCUAGCAUCCGGGCAGCCUUUAAUGGACCAUAUGCGCAUAAGGAAGGACCUGAAUACCACUGGUCACUCUAUGAAGGAAGAGUCCCUUAUCCAAGGCCUGGUUCCUGUGCCAGCAAAGUGAAUGGUGGGAGAUACGGAACCACCAAAGACUAUCCCGAUGAUGCCAUCCGAUUUGCAAGAAGCCAUCCACUUAUGUACCAGCCCAUAAAACCUGCCCAUAAAAAACCAAUCCUGGUAAAAACAGAUGGAAGAUAUAACCUGAAACAAAUAGCAGUGGAUAGAGUGGAAGCUGAGGAUGGCCAAUACGAUGUCUUGUUCAUUGGGACAGAUAAUGGAAUUGUACUGAAAGUAAUCACGAUUUAUAACCAAGAAACAGAAUCAAUGGAAGAAGUAAUUCUAGAAGAACUUCAGAUAUUCAAGGAUCCAGUUCCUAUUAUUUCUAUGGAGAUUUCUUCAAAGAGACAACAGCUGUAUGUUGGAUCUGCUUCUGCCGUGGCCCAAGUCCGAUUCCAUCAGUGUGACAUGUACGGAAGUGCUUGUGCUGAUUGUUGCCUGGCUCGAGACCCUUACUGUGCCUGGGAUGGCAUAUCCUGUUCCCGGUAUUACCCGACAGGCACCCAUGCAAAGAGGCGGUUCCGCAGACAAGAUGUUCGGCACGGAAACGCCGCUCAGCAAUGCUUUGGACAGCAGUUUGUCGGGGAUGCUUUGGAUAAGACUGAAGAGCGACUGGCCUAUGGCAUAGAGAACAACAGCACUUUGCUGGAAUGUACCCCACGAUCUUUGCAAGCAAAAGUUAUCUGGUUUGUACAGAAAGGACGUGACGCAAGAAAAGAGGAGGUGAAGACAGAUGACAGAGUGGUUAAGAUGGACCUCGGUUUACUCUUCCUCAGGGUACGCAAAAUGGAUGCUGGGACCUAUUUUUGCCAGACAGUAGAGCACGGUUUUGUCCAUACCGUCCGUAAAAUUACCCUGGAGGUAGUGGAAGAGGAGAGAGUAGAGGAAAUGUUUCACAAAGACUAUGAAGAGGACGGGCCUCACAAGAUGCCCUGUCCUGCCCAGAGUAGCAUCCCACAUGGGGCAAAACCCUGGUACAAGGAAUUCUUGCAGCUGAUUGGUUAUAGCAACUUCCAGAGAGUGGAAGAAUACUGUGAAAAGGUCUGGUGCACAGAUAAGAAGAGAAAAAAGCUUAAAAUGUCGCCUUCCAAGUGGAAAUAUGCCAACCCACAGGAAAAGAAGCUGCGUCCGAAAGCUGAGCGCUACCGCCUGCCCAGACAUGCACUGGACUCCUGAUGGGGUGAAACCAUCUACUGGCUUCUGGAGAGUUUCUGUUUGGAACCGAAAACAAAUAGACAACAACAACAACAACGAAG